AUGGUCAACGGAAAAUGCUCUAAAUUCUUUCCCAAGAGUUACGUCGAGAACACUACGGUUGACAAAGAUGGAUAUCCUGUAUAUAGGAGAAGAGAUACCGGAGCAUUUGUUGAGAAGAAUGGUUUCAAGUGUGACAACAGAUACGUGGUGCCAUAUAACAAGGAACUAUCUGUUCGUUAUAAAUCUCACAUAAAUUUGAACCUCCAGAAAAUAGUCAGCACAGAGCAAGAUACGAACAAAGACAACGAUGAUCCUGAGAAGCCGAAGAAUGAGAUCAAAGAUUUUUUCGAUUGCAGAUCGUUUGAAGAGAUCAGAACCUACCGAGGUGUCGUUUAUGAAAAGUUUAAGGAAGCAUGCUAUGCAAGAGGACUGCUAGAUGAUGAUGAGGUGUGGGUUGAUAGUAUCAAAAGUGCAAGCGAAUGGUGUUUCGGUGAUCAUCUUCGAAAUCUUUUUGCGGUUAUGCUUGCCAGUGAUUGCUUUACAACACCGGAGGAUGUUUGGGAAAGAACAUGGCACAUCCUAGCGGAAGACAUGGAGGAGAAGAAGAGGAUUGAAAAUGAAAAUCCAGCUCUUAUUCUGGACGAGAAACAGAAGAGGAAUUUCGUUCUUCAGGAGAUUCAAAUGGUGAUGUUAAGGAAUGGGACAUCGUUGUCUAAUUAUACAUCAAUGCCCCAACCACAGAAAGAUGACUUCGCCUAUUCAAAUCGAUUGUUAACUGACGAGCUAAGCUACGACAAAGACUUGCUGAAGGUUAAACAUGAUGAAUGGAUAAAGAUGAUGACUACCGAGCAGAAGGGUGUUUACGAUGAGAUCACUGGAGCGGUCUUGGAUAAAAAGGGAGGAAUAUUUUUCGUUUAUGGUUUCGGAGGGACGGGCAAAACAUUCAUGUGGAAAACACUAUCAGCUGCUAUACGAUCUAGAGGGGAGAUUGUUCUGAACGUUGCUUCUAGCGGGAUAGCUUCUUUGUUGUUAGAAGGUGGACGUACUGCUCAUUCAAGGUUUGCCAUUCCAAUAAAUCCUGAUGAUUUCACAAUGUGUAAAUUCGCACCAGGCUCCGAUCUUGGGAAUCUUGCUAAGCAAGCAUCGCUUAUUAUUUGGGAUGAAGCGCCUAUGAUGAGCAAGUAUUGUUUCGAGGCUCUGGAUAGACAAGUUCUUCCUGUGAUUGUAAAUGCCGGUCGUGCGGAGAUUGUACUUGCUUCAUUGAAUUCUUCUUAUCUAUGGGAACAUUGCAAAGUAUUGAAGUUAACGAAGAAUAUGAGGCUGUUUAAUAGCAGUUUGAAUGCUGAAGAGGCCAAAGAAAUAAGUGAUUUCUCAGAUUGGUUGCUUGAUGUUGGAGAUGGGAAGCUUUCUGAGCCUAACGAUGGUGAGGCGAAAUAG